GAAACCUUCAAUAUUUUUUUUUUAGUAAAUCUUAAAAAAAAAAAUUAUUUUGACACUAUUUCAAAUAGCUGUAAUCGCAAAAAAAAUUACACAUUUACUAGGAAAUAUUUAAUCGCACUUCAAAUUAAAAUUUGUGCACACUUCUUUUUUCUCUUUCUGCAUAUAUUAUUGCUCGAAUAGGAUGUGAUGAAGUUUUUGGUGCACCAGGAAAGAUUCAUGGCGACCCAUCAUCCUCUGACGCGGGUGAUGCGAUCAGUUACCCGUACAGCUUCAUUUUCUUCUUCUCUUGCUAAGCGGGAAGGUGGGGUUUCUAUGGUACAGGGUGCUUCCAGAGGAAUCGGCCUUGAAUUUGUUAAACAGCUGCUUGAGAAGGAUGAUAAAGGCCAUGUUGUUGCCACUUGUCGUAAUCCUAGUGGGGCAAAAGGGCUUUAUGAUCUACAAAACAAGUUUGCAGAACGCCUUAGUAUUUUGCCGCUGGAUGUGACUGAUGAAAGCACCAUUGAGGAAUCCGCAAAAUCUAUUAGUGAAAAAUAUGGCUGCUUAAAUCUUCUGAUAAACGCAUCUGGGAUUUUGUCAAUACCCGAUGUUCUACAACCAGAAACAACACUGAGCAAGGUACAAAAGUCGUCUUUGAUGUUUGCUUAUGAGGUUAAUGCUAUCGGUCCUAUUUUAGUGAUUAAGCAUAUGUGGCCGCUUCUAAAGAUUGGAGGUGGCUCUGGGACAGAAAGAGAUGUUGCAGUUAUUGCCAAUUUAAGUGCAAGGGUGGGAUCCAUUGGGGAUAAUCACCUUGGGGGUUGGCACUCGUAUCGUGCUUCGAAGACCGCAUUAAAUCAGUUGACAAAAACCAUAUCUGUUGAGCUAGCCCGAAAGAAGGAUCCUAUUGCAUGCAUUUUACUACAUCCGGGCACAGUCGACACAGAUCUCUCUAGGCCAUUUCAGAGGAAUGUUGCCAAAGACAAGCUAUUCACUAAAGAAUUCUCAGCACAGAAACUCCUGCAUAUAAUUAAAAAUGUAAAGAGCGGCGACAACGGGAAGUUUUUUGCUUGGGAUGGUCAAGAAAUUCCUUGGUAAUGAGAGUACAGACAAGCUUGUGUAGUGUCCUGUUUGAAAGAAGCUCCACUUCGUUUUUUGUCUUUAUCAAAAGAAAACUAAAAGGGAGCAAAUAAAUUGGUGAUCACAGCGGGCACCACCUCUUGAAAGUUCAGAAUACCAAAAAUAAAUUGAUUGAAGUUCCAUUUCUUAUUUGUAAAUUACUGGAGACAACAUAGCAAUAUUUAUUUCUUUUUAACAAAUAAUUAAUAAUCUUUGAUUGCUUGUUUUGAAAAUUAUAUUAGUAGAUAAAUGAUAUCUUUUUGUGAUAUUUUUUUUUAAUA